UGCACGCACCACUCAGACAAAUGCUGAAGUCGCGAUUAAUUCGACGGUCGUGGGCACUGUAAAGGCUUCCCUUCUCUUCUUUGCUUUAGAUACGUUUGUUUUUCACAUCCUUUGAGUUGCAUCAUAUCUAGAGGGAAAAUGCCGUUGGUUUUUCUCGAACAACUGCCUCUUCCCUCUCUGCAAUCAUAUGUGACUGUAAGCGUGUUGUUGUUCGUUUCGGCCGUUCUCUACGCAUUGAAUGUCACUGUUGGUUCUGAUGAGAAGGAGGAGUUGAAUAUUUACGAUUUUAUGUCUCAGGAUAAUUUUUGUUUUUGGUCGAACUUGAACAUGGCCUACUGUUGUUUGUUUUUGUUCGGGAAAAUUAUCCAAAGGGUUGUAUUUGGAGAUCUUCGCGCCAGUGAACUUCAGCAAAUUCAAGACAGAUUCUGGAACUUUAUUUUCUACAAGUUUAUUUUCAUCUUUGGAGUUCUAAAUGUGCAGAAAUUCAAUGAAGUGAUGUGGUGGACGGCUUGGUUUACUCUACUCGGCUUCUUUCAUUUGUUCACACAGCUCUGUAAAGACAGAUUUGAAUAUUUGUCUUUCUCACCAACAACGUCUCCUUGGUCUCAUGCAAAAGUGAUUGGUUUACUCAAUACUUUGGUGUUAUGUUGCAAUGGAUUGUUCUUCAUCUGUCUUUUUAUUGGUUGGCCAGAUGGCAUACACACUUUCACAUUCAUGUUGGCUGAGUGUAUGUUGUUACUGAUCAAAAUAGUUCAUGGUCUGAUAAGGUAUGGCAUUCAUCUGUGGGAUAUAGGUCAUACCAGUAUGUGGGAAGGAAGAAGCACAUGGAGUUACAACACAGACAUGAUGAUGGAAUUGGCAUUGUACAUUGUGGACUUUGCUCAUCACCUUCACAUGUUGGUGAGAAUGAAUUAAAUAUUAAUUCUUGGUACAGGCAAAAUUUGUAUAUUUUUGUUGAAUGCAACUUGUUUAAUUUGACAUCUGAUUGAUGGUUGUCUGCAUAUGAUCCGCAGGUUUCCCUUGGCAACAGAAGAAGAGUUGAUUAAGAAUAAUGAUGAUUGUGCCAUCUGCUGGGAUUCCAUGGUUGCAGCAAGGAAGCUACCAUGUGGUCAUCUUUUCCAUAAUUCUUGUCUCAGGUCGUGGCUGGAGAAUGACACCUCCUGCCCUACCUGCCGCCAGUCACUUGCCAGCGAUCUGCAGCCUGAGCAGGAGGAGCAGAGGCAAUCAAGAGGAGUGGCUGCAUUCAUGAUGGGGCGUGGGCUAAGAAGAAACCACUUUUUCCACUUUGAUGGUUCUCAGAUAGCCAGCUGGUUUCCAAGCUUCUCUGUGGAGGUCAUGCACACUGGAGUGGAAAAUGCAGCUGAGGGUCAACUUCCAGAGAGCCGCAUUGAAGCUAUGGCACACCAAGUACAGGCCAUGUUUCCAAAUAUGCCAUUCAACAUCAUUAUGGAGGACUUAAGACACACUCACUCCCUUGAGGUCACCACUGAUAAUAUUUUGGAGGGAAACAUAGCAGUGCCUUCUGUCUGGACACCACCUGAGGAACAAUCAGAGGAUUCAGAGCUCCUUCAGAUAGCACACCCAGACUCACUGACACCUUCAAAUACACCUGAAGAAACUGAAAGCUCUACAAGUGAGACAGAACAGGACAGCACAGAAGCAUCUAAUAAUGCGGAAGUGAUGAGAGAACAGGCACUUGAAGAGGCUGCCUCGUUGGAGCAGCGUCCAAAGCGUGACGAGAGCCCACCACCUAAUGAAACACCACCGGGAGAGAGAUACAGGAGUGUAUCGCCAUCUUUGAUGGAGUUUUCAACACAAUCUUCAGUGAGACAGUCCCUGUUGUUAAAGAGAAAAGAGAUGAUGCUUCAACAGGCAAGGAGGCGUUUUAUGGACAAAGAAGUCUCCAAUCAGAGUGAAUCCAGUCAGUAGUUGACGCAAAGUGACAGUCUCUCACAGUGGAAGCAGCUGAUGCCAACGUUCCAGAUGGUAGGGCAGUUGUAGCCCGGAAGAUGAACAUCAGGCUGCUGUUAAACUUUGAAAAUCCCUAUGGGGAGUGCAAGAAACUACGAACAAUUUAAUCAACUUUAUGACUCAGUAAAAACUAACUUUAGACUCAAAGACAAAUUAAAGAUAUCCUCCUUUUGAGGAAACGGGCGUAAGAUAUUUUUCGUAGAUCGAUGGUAAAAGUCACUCAAGGCGUGGUAUUCAAAUGACAUUACUAAGUCAGUUCCGCUUAAUCUCAGUUUCCUUUAAACUUGCCCGUCCAUCUAUUACUGGGUACAUUUUGCAUAGGUUAGAGUGACGAAUUUAUAGCUUCGACUAAAACUUUAGUGUAGCUCACAUAGUGUGCAUUUAGAAGUAUGCAGUGUAGUCGUAUGACAGAACAAAUCACGAAAUAUUGUUUUUACUCCGUGGCAGAUACCUUACUUGUUCUAUAGUGCACGCGACUAAAUUAAUAGAUCUACGCAUCGGGUUUGAUAUUAUCUUUAGGAACCUCGAAAAACUUUGACUAGACCCUUGUGUUGUAAUCGAGGCUCUGAAUGUGAUCCUUGUGCUGAUUCGAGGCUGGACGCUUAUUUACUUUCCAUACUUACAAGGUGGGCGCUUAUUCGGGUGCUUAAUCUAAUAAAUACGGUAGUUUUGUUUUCCAAGGCUGAAAAGUCGUUGAAAUUUGAAAAUUUGUGUUGUCAAAUUUCGUAUGAAAAUGAUUAUGUUAAAUGGCUCAAACUGUUGCAAAAAUCAUAAUUGUAUAACGUUAUGUUGGAGUGUUUUUCUUCAUAAAACACGGAAAAGCCUUUUGAACAGUUCCUGGGAUUUCAUGGGGUUAAGAUAAUACAAACUCUGUGGUAUUUAUGUUCAAUAGUUUUGUAGUUAAAUUUGUAAAUAAAAGAAGGUAGUUAUUAAAUGAUGAUCACUGCAGUGGAUGAACUCA